AUGAAUGAUCGUGAAAAAGCUUAUAAACUAGCUCAUGAAUUCAUACCUGUAUUCGCCUGUAUCGAAUGUCACUUGGCAGCAAAUCUGGAUAUGACUGCUCACAAUGGAUCGCACCCAAUCAUUAACCGGAAUGAAGUCGAAGGCGAAGGAGGAUAUUUCACAGUUCAUCCAGCAUCCUGGGAUAAUGACGAUCAACUUGUUGCUAAAAGCUUAAAACAGCAUUGCGCCGAUCCAAAUUUUGCAUACUUAGAAGGACAUUUCCAUCGCGCAGUGACCAAUCUCAACGUUCCACACAUGAUUCAUUUAAAAUAUUUGUAUAUUGACAACGAUGUCGUCAAUUUAAUUAUGCCUCGUUAUUCGGCCAAUCUUAAGUCAUUCCUCGAGAAAAACUUGAAAGAUAUGAAUGCUGAUAAAGCUAUAGAAAUUUCACGUGACAUUGAGGCUGAAAAUAUUCUUAUUGACGAACAGAAGCAUGUCUAUCUGGCUGACUAUGGUACAUGUCAACAUGGAACCGAGAAUCACACCAUCGUAGGUAGUGUUCCAUUCCCGCCGGACAUUAAUGCUUUAAUGAACAGGGAUCAUCUUCAAACUUAUCUAGGUUCAGCUGUUGAUGUAUAUCUACUCGGCGGUCUUAUGUUUGUAUGUGCACCGAACGAGAACUACAUUCCAGCAUCGGAUGCAAAUCCUGAACAAGUACAACGACUUGAUCGACAUAAAGUUCCUGAAAGUUAUUGUCAAUUGAUCUUACGUUGUCUACACAAAGAUUGGAAGAAAAGAUCGACAGCAAAAGAAAUCGUUGAUGAACUUGAUUCAAUUGCAAUGAAAUUGUGCAUGAUUUGCCAGGAAAAACCGCGUUUCCUACGUUGUUUUCCUUGUCAGCAUAAAACGAUGUGCGAAGAAUGUUAUGCGAAACUUUUACAGCAGAAUAAUGAAGUUUCUUGCAUCAUAUGCAGGCAAGCCGUCACUGCUGUUCAAGACGACAACAAUUCGAACACUUUUUUUAUUACAGAUGAAAGGCGGUAG